UAUUGUAAAUCACUAAAAGUUGAUUUGUAUUUAAAAGGACGAAUGUGAUAUGUGUUUAUUACAAUGACGACAUAAUGAUAAAUGUCUAGCAAAAGUGUAGAACAAUAGCGCUGGAAUUCUCAAUAAAAGUACUUGGUUCAAAAUGGCUUAUAUAUCAGCCACAAAUUCCAUCUUUUUAUUGUCACUGUGUGUGUUCUUAAUCGAAAGGACGAACGGACAUAUGCUAGGAAUCGAUAAAGAUGAAGGGAUUUUACGUGACAAGAGAUUUAUACUGACAUCGAACUCAAAGCAAAGUUGGACCACGUUAGAGCAAUUUUCAUCAUGUGCAUUAACUUGUGUUCCCGGCUUUGAGAAGCUAACCCAAGUAUGUUGUGACACUGGCUUGAAUGCAUUGUGCUCCAAUCUCCCUUGGACUUUACUUAAGGCAAAAUUAGGAACAUGUGUUGAUUUAACACCAUAUGGCAUUACGACGACAGCAUGGUCAUCUCUCGAACAGUUUGCUGCUUGUUUUCUUUCAUGUGUACCUGGGUUUGAGAAGCUGACGGAGGUUUGUUGUCAAACAGGACUUGAUGCAGUGUGUACAAAUCUGCCAUGGGAUUCGCUGAAGACAAGUCUUGGCCAGUGUCAUGCAAUAAGUCCGUGCUCUUCUAAUCCUUGUGUGCAUGGUACGUGUCAUCAAAAUAGUAACAGCUUUCAUUGCACGUGCUCAUCGGGAUACAUCGGUGCAUUAUGUGAUAAGCCUGACUCCUGUUCAUCUAGCCCAUGUGUCCAUGGCGUCUGCACUGAACUGACGAAUGGGACAUUUCAUUGUACAUGUAGCUCGGGAUUCACUGGCCUACUUUGUGACAAAGCAAUUAGUCCGUGUUCUUCAAAUCCGUGCGUACAUGGUGCAUGCCAUCAAAAAAGUCACACAUUUCAGUGCACGUGUUUUCAGGGAUACAUCGGUGCAUCAUGUGAUAAACCUGACCCCUGUUCACCUAGCCCAUGUGUCCAUGGCGUCUGCUCUACACUGACGAAUGGGACAUUUAAAUGUACAUGUAGCUCGGGAUUCACUGGCCUACUUUGUGACCAAGCAAUUAGUCCGUGCUCUUCAAAUCCGUGCGUACAUGGUACGUGUCAUCAACAUAAACACAACUUUCAGUGCGCGUGCUCACCAGGAUACACCGGCACAUCAUGUGAUAAGCUCGAUCCCUGCUCAUUUAGCCCAUGUGUCAAUGGCGUCUGCUUCCCACGUGCAAACGGAGAAUUUCAUUGUACAUGUAUCUCGGGAUUCCAUGGCCUACUUUGUGACCAAGUUAUCAAAGAUUGUAAGGACGUUCAAGAUAAUCACGUGACCAGUCAAACUGGAGGUGGAGUUUAUUCAGUGAAGAUAAAUGGUCAACUUACAAACGUCAUGUGUGACAUGGUGACGUCAGGGGGAGGAUGGACGGUUAUCAUGAAUAGAGAAAACAACAACCAGAAUUUUGAAGACCAGAGUUUCUCUUCCUAUGCAGAUGGGUUUGGAGAUAUACGGAACAACUUUUGGGCAGGCUUGGAGAAAAUGAACGGUCUUACAAAAGAUGGCCGCCGAUACCAGCUAAGAGUGGAACUAGGACUGGCUAAUGGAAGCAAGUACUUUGCUAUGUACGAUGACUUUUCCGUCGGGCCACCAAAGGAUUUUGUUUUGCAUCUCGGCAGAUACGUAGGAAAUGCGGGUGACUCGCUAUCUGGACAUAACGGGUUUGGAUUUACUAACAAAGACGUUGAUCGUGACAGUAGCUCGGUAAACUGCGGGGUCUAUCUACACGGUGCUUGGUGGUUCCACAGCUGUUAUGACUCGUGUUUGACGUGCCCGUAUGAAACUCCUGGUUCAAACAACUGUCGCUCUUUCUCUUGGAACAGCCUUGCAUAUUGUAUCGCGCUAAAAUCCGCGCGAAUGAUGGUGCGACCAAUGUAGGAAAAUUGUGUUUGAUAAAAUAAAAGUAAUAGACGUUUUUGGCUGUUCAAUAGUGAGUUGUGUUUUAUUGUAAACUAUUAAACAUUGAAAUCUU